GCACGCCCAUAUACAGUUCAGCAACCUCGGCGAGAACAACCCCGGCUGCUGCUGCGGCUGCCACUCGGGUUAUUUCCUCUGGGCUCAGCUGCAGCCUGCAGAGCUCUGCAAAGGGGAGGGGUUUCUUCGCUCCCUCCCUCCCGAGGGGGGUCCUGCCCCAGCCCCAGCCCCAGCGAUGGGACAGGAGUCAGGACCAGCCCAGGGCCGGUUGAAUUGAAAGCAAACCGUGGCAGCUCCACGCAAGGCGAGAGCGCUGGCAGGAUGCCCCGGGCUGGCGCCCCCGCUCCCAGCUGUCAGUGAAGGAGCGAAGCUUUGCGGCCGGGAUGUUCAGCUGGCACAAGAGCUUCACCCUGGGAGCGCCCUGGAGACAAGCAGGCAAGAAGAACUCACCAUCCAAGGGCAAGGUAGUGCUGACCAACAUGAAGAUACUGAGCAACGAAGAGAGUCAAACCCAGGGGUUGACAGGAGAGCCACCUGCAGCCAUGGACUUUCCAGAGGAAUCCAGGCUUCCCAAAGUCGACAUCCCAUUAGAAUGCCAGGGAAAUCUGGGCACAAGAGACACUUCUUCAAAACCAGACUAUGUGGCCACCCUGUCUGACCUCAGCACCUUAGAAUCCAAGUGCCAGCUUCACAGAUUCUCCAAAUUUGAAUCAGAGGAUUCUGGGGUUGAAUUGCCAAGUGGAGCCAAUUCUCCAUCUACACCAACGGGCUCAGAGAAGAGCUUUGUGCUUCACACCAGAGACUCGUCUUGUGACUCUGGAGUGCUCAGCACCUCUUCUUCUCCAGGAAUUGACCAUAUCAUAAUGAGAAAGUGUAAAGACAUCAGAGAAACCAGCCAGUGUGCUUCAGAUAGUGAAAAGCAAGUUGAAUAUUACAGCCAGGCAGCAGACAUGGUGCAGAUCCCUACAGCUUCCCUGGAAGAUUUCAGUGACCGUCAGAAGGGAGAAAGUCCUAAUAAACUUUUUGGCCAAAGUGAAGGACAAUAUUUUGAAGAGAAACCCAGGAAAGAGAUAGACCUUUCCAUUAAAGAAACUGCUCCAGCUGCUGCCCACAUUGAAGAGCAAAGGCCAAUCACCAACCGUUACAAAGAGACCUUUGGGAGGAUGCAAGAACUUCAGCUCCAUGGACAUCAGCUCAAAAAGUAUCCCACGAGCGACAGCCUGGAUGAGUACAUGGAUGAAUGCUGUCGAUUAAGUGAGGUGAACCAAGGGAACACCAAGGCUCUCGGCUCAGGUUUGGGGUAUCUGGAACACAUCUGCCAGCUGAUAGAGAAAAUCGGGCAGCUACAGGAGCACAAUCUGCGACUCCAAAAGCAAGUGUGCGGUUUGCAGAAGGAGCAGAAGAUGAACCAGAUAAAGGAGGAGUAUUUUCUGCAGCACUGUUCCUGUGGAGCUGCCAGCAUCUUGCUCAACUCAUACCAGGAGGUGAAGAAAUUUUUUAUUGGGAGGAGCAGACCGCACAGUCUCUUGGUUCAGAGUGGAAACCAGUCCGACCUUUCGAUCAUCCCAGAAAGAGGAAGUGACACACACCUGGAAUCAGGAGAUAGACAGCUGGUGCUGGGGCUCAGGAAGACCUGGAGUAAAAGGAGCAAUGAGGAGAAUGAACUCAGAGAUGCCUAUAAUCUGACUGAUGGCCGAGCUUUCCUGCUAAAGGACCCAAUUACGAAAAAGAGGGCUGACCUCGGCAAGAGUAUCCCAGGUGAAAGCCACGCUUGGGGCAGAAUGAGGGAUCUCAUGAAGAAGACCAGGCUGAGGAACCAGAGCAAGUUGGGGCUGUCAUCGGCAGCUCUGAAGAGGUCCUGCCCACAGCUCUACAGGCCAGAUGUUAAGACUUCGGAUCGGAGGAAGAUGGAGAGGAACUCCAUGAUUGUUCUGGGACAAAGCACAAAAAAUGAAAACAUCUGGCCUUUCUGAGCAUCUGAAUCCAAUGGAC